AUGCAUGUCUCCAGCGUGCUGCGAAAUGGCUCGCCACUCCUACGACCGUCGGCGGCGCAGCAGCAACUGAGACGUGUUCGUGAACUCGUUCAGCGCACAUCCCAUGUGGCUGGAUUGAAUGAAAAACGUGCUAUUCUGGCCGAGUACAAUGACUUGACCCCCCUUUUGCAGCUGGUGUAUGAAGGGCGCUUUCAUUUGACGUCACGCACGGUUCAAAAGUUUCGAGAUGCAUACCAAGGAUGCGGCGCGGGGUAUAUUCCGUCCAACGUAACAGAGCUACUGCGUUUGUUGAACAAUGGCGUACGAGGCCGUCAGGCGUGCCAACUUGUCAAUGCAUUCAUUGAGCAUCACAACAUAGAUGACGGUAUGAUCGAUACCUUGUACCGAUGCAUUGAUCGGCAUUUGCGCGUGGGCCUAUCCAAGCAUUCUAUCUACCACAUGGUGCAGCGCGAGACUACAAUGACUGCCUUUCUCGAACGUUUGCAGCAACAUGGGCACUUGCUUGAGUCGCAAAUGCCUGUGGCCCUGGCACGGACAUGGGACGAGCCAGCAUCUUGUCCGCCGACAAAGACGAGCUGGUACGCAAGUCGCAAACUUGAUGGUAUCCGGUGCCUGUUUAUGGUAAUAUACAACAAGGUUCAUGCUGUGUAUGCCAUAUCUCGCACAGGUCGGCGAUUCCAUACGCUGGCAGAAUGGGAGCACCGACUCUCUCGAGAACUUGCCGCCUACCCCUCCUCGUUUGUGCUAGAUGGGGAAAUGUGUGUCAUGAAUGCAGAGGGACAUGAGAGUUUUGCGCGUGCGAUGUCCGCGAUCCAGCAGCAUGGUCCGAAGCCAGACCUGGUAUAUUUUCCUUUUGAUUUGUUGACCUUGGAUGAAUUUACAGGUGGUGGGGGUCGUCCCUACUCCGAGCGCCUCGAAUGUCUCCGCUUGGUGGCGCCGCAUCUCUCCCACGUAGGCGCUCUGCCGCAAACGCGCAUCGAUCAACCUGUCACGUUUGAGGCCCUCGUGCGCGACUCGCGCGAGUGGGAAGGGCUCAUGUUGCGUGAAGACGUGCCGUACGAAGGUCGACGUACGCCCUCCAUGCUCAAGAUUCGGCCCCGGUGCGAGGCAGAGUACACGGUCUUGGGGGUCGACAUUCGCACGAUGCGUCUGGCCUUGGAUGGGAUAUAUGCUGACCGACGAGCCUUGGCCAGUAUCACGAUUCAGCAUGGAGGUCGACGAGUGUCUGUUGGCUCAGGUUUUCGAGCGCAUGAGCGCGUACAUUACGCGAAGUAUCCAGAGGAUAUCCUGGGACACACCGUGACCGUGUCGUACAUGGCCGAGGCUCCGACACUCAAGGCCCAAGACACCAGUCUUCGGUUCCCCGUGGUGAAACAUGUGUAUCGCGAUGGACGCACCAUCUAG